CUUAGUUGCGUCGUACUUCCCAUCGUAAAAAUCGUACCCACAUCCUGAAGGAGAACGACGCACCCAAGAUGGCGGUCGCGCCCUGAGGUCGCCAUCUUUGGUGUGGCGGACACCCCUCGGACGUUGGUCCAAAGUUCACUUUCUUCAACGCGAUUCUGCUCAUUUGAUCUGCUUUUUUACUUCGUAUUUUAGCCCCAUCGUCUUAACACUGGCCCCAUUUUAAGGUUGGAGGGGUUGUUAGCAGUGGCAAGCGUUUAGUCUCCUUUGCAUUGAUUUACCUACCUGUUUUCCUCCCUCUAAAUUGUAUUUUAAUUAGUUCUAUUCUUACAUUCUUAUAUUGGUUUUGUUGUAAGCUAACUCUCGCGCAGGCAAGGUAGGAUACAGUGACCCAGGUUUUGUAUAAGGAAGAUGCCUCCCAAAAUUCAAGACAAGGGUUUGAAUCCUGCCAUGGCGUCCUGCGUCCUGGGGAUCGACUUGGGCACUUCAUCAGUGAAAACCAUCCUGGUGCAAGAGAUGGAGCAGGGACCCACCAUGAUCGCAAGCUGCGCCAGGGAAACCCGGGCUCAGGUGGAGAGCCCCAAUGCCGGGCCACAGGGGAACGAGCAAGAUGUCCGCAAAAUUGUCGCUGCCUUGAAUGACUGCCUCACCGUUCUCCCCCAGCAACUCCUGGGAAGGGUUUGCCGCAUUGGCGUUUCCGGACAAAUGCAUGGGGUCGUGUUUUGGAAAACGGGUCAAGGUUGCAAGUGGAUCGAAAGCGAGCACGGGCGGAGGUUUGAGCCUGAAGAGGUCAGUCACCUGAUCACAUGGCAAGAUGGCCGCUGCAGCAUCCCCUUCCUGUCCUCGCUGCCUCAGCCGCAGUCGCACCUCAGCGUGGCCACGGGCUACGGCUGCGCCACAAUCUACUGGUACUUGAAAAACAGCCCAGAUUUCCUGAAGUGUUACAAUGCUGCCGGCACCAUCCAAGACUACGUUGUGGCCAUGCUGUGUGGCCAGGAAAGGCCACAGAUGACUGUCCAGAACGCAGCCAGCUGGGGCUACUUCAACACCACAAGCAAAAGCUGGAAUAUGGACAUCCUUAAAGAGUCCCACUUCCCCGUCCACCUGCUUCCUGAAGUGGUCCAGCCCGGAGAACUGGCAGGGGAGACCGCCUACAUGUGGCACCAGAUACCAAAGGGGACGGAGGUCGGGGCCGCAUUGGGGGACUUCCAGUGCUCGGUGUACUCCUGCAUGACCGACAGUGCAAAUGCAGUCCUCAACAUCAGUACUUCUGCGCAACUCACCGUCCUGAUGCCUCUGGGCUUCCAGCCGGGUGAUUCCCCGAACCCUCGUUCCCCGUUGGCCUACUACCCGUAUUUCAACAACACCUACCUGGUAGUGGCUGCUUCCCUCAACGGCGGCAACGUGGUGGCGACAUUCGUGAACAUGCUUGUGCGGUGGAUUGCUGAGCUGGGACUCCAAGUCCCAGAAUCGGACCUCUACCCACGUAUAAUCAGCGCUGCCUUGGCCCAAACGGAUACCGACCUCAGCAUCUGCCCCACCAUCUUUGGAGAGAGGCACAUGCCAGAGAGGUUGGCCUCGGUGAUUGGGAUCGCGGCCUCUGAACUCUCCCUGGGCCACGUGACUCGGGCGCUGUGCCACGGCGUGGUCCAGAACCUGCACUCCAUGCUGCCUUCGCAGCUCCUGAAAGAAGCCGGGGUCACGCGGAUCCUGGCCAGCGGGAGCGCCCUGGGCAAAAACGAGGUGAUGCGUCAGGAAGUGGAGAAGGCAUACCCGUUUCCUGUGGUCUAUGGGAGAAAUGUGGAUGCAGCCGUGGGCGCCGCCUUGGCGAUGCUGCGCAGGAAGUGACUUUGGGGCUGCAAGAAAGCACUUCCUCCGUAAAGAGGGUUCGUGAACACACAGAGGGCCAAAUGUUGCGGGGCAGAGGGAGAAAGGGAAGGCAAGAGAAAAGGCACCCCCUCCCCUGGAAUAAAAAUGCAGUGGAUUCAGAAUGAUUCCAUCUGUCUACCCAAAAAUCAGAUCCUUCCUGGAGCUUUCUGCUCCACUCACAUCCCUGGCAGUAGAGGGAUUGAUGCAGGCCUCAGACGCCACUGGAAAUUUGUGGGGGAAGACUUUUGGUGCCUAUUCUGUACCUCCUCCCCUCAGAGUUACAGUACAUACAGGCCAUUCUGUGUUUCCAUUGCUAAAAGGAACCAAAUAUUUAUCCCUGUAUUUUUUCCAGUCAUCUGCUAUUCUAUUGUAGCAGGAAUGUCCACCGGUAUUGUUGCAGGAAUUUAUGUAUAGGUUGGGGGGGGGUUGCCCCUCCAGCAGAUAUCAUGCACAUGAAGCCCGCUACCAAAACCAGCACAAUCACUUUUGUGACUUUUGUGAUUUGUCCCCACAAAACACUUCAUCACAGUUUCUUCCUAUCUGUUCAAAGGGCCUCUGCUGCAAAGUACCAAAUUUAACAAUUCACUGAUAAAUGUGUCUAUGUACUAGCUCACUGGGAAAACUACAGAAAUUCAUAAAGAGACGUGAGCUCAGCUACUCGGCCGCCCCUCGGCCUGAGUGAUAAUCCCUGGCAUCCUGAUACCUGAGUGCCAGACAGGUAGCCAUUCCAAAGGUUAUGAUUAACUUGGCUGGGAAACAGGGAAACGUAAAUAUCUCUUUUGUUACACUUGACAGAUGUUUGGUGGAGGGCAAGGGGAGGCAUGGGGCAGGGUCCAGCGUGCUCAGAUGACUGCCACCAGACCUCCCCUUUCAUGAUGUAACCAUGAUGUAGUUUGGGGGGGGGUGUAACAUGGGGAUCAGCAACUAAUAAAAGUUUGGGUUCUCUUUUGUACGGGGCUUCCAUCUUGUUUCACCUGGUGGCAGGUGGGAGUCCUGUUGCGACAGUCUUCAAUAAAGACCAAGCCUACUGGCUGCUGUUUUGCUCCGGUA